AUGAACCUGUCAGACGUCACUAUCAUUUUGUUUUUCAUGUUACUUAUCCUUUUUCAGCACAGCCGUACUUACCACAGGGCUUUGUUCUAUGGCACUGCUUGUGACGAAGCCAUUUUGACAUAUGUCCCUCAAGAUUUGGAUGGUAUCAUACGUGUGCAUAUGUGGAUUGGUGGAGCGCAUUUUUCUAACUCUCAUGGCACUCCUCCAUCUACGGUCUUCAUUGAUCGCUUCCCUGGCUCCUCACUUAGUCUUUUCCGUGAUGCUUAUAGUGUUGUCUUCCUUUCUCAAGAUCCUUUGUUACCCCUCAAUAGUGCUCAUCUCUCUUGCACGGACUCUCUGAAUCCUUGGCGUGGAGACAUACUAGUGCUUAGACAUAUAGGCCACAAUCCUCAGCUCGUGCGAUCCAUGUCGUUAGAUGAAAAAGCUCUUGUUGAUGCUUUUUUGGCGAGCCUUUCUGUUCUUAUGUUGGGUUCUGAUUGA